UCGGUUCGGCUCGCUCAUCCACGCAUCUCGUUUUCCGCUCUUCUCUUGUCAAACUUUCGCGUCCAUCAUGAGGGAGAUCGUGCACAUCCAGGCCGGCCAGUGCGGCAACCAGAUAGGUGCCAAGUUCUGGGAGGUGAUCAGCGAYGAGCACGGCAUCGAUCCCACAGGAACUUACCAUGGAGACAGUGACCUGCAGCUGGACAGGAUCAGUGUCUACUAUAAUGAGGCCACAGGAGGUAAAUACGUACCGAGGGCCAUUCUUGUGGAUUUGGAGCCAGGGACCAUGGACUCUGUGAGGUCUGGACCUUUUGGGCAGAUCUUCAGACCUGACAAUUUUGUGUUCGGUCAGAGUGGUGCUGGAAACAACUGGGCCAAGGGACACUACACAGAGGGGGCUGAGCUGGURGACUCAGUCCUGGACGURGUCCGCAAAGAGUCYGAGAGCUGUGACUGCCUGCAGGGCUUCCAGCUCACCCACUCUCUUGGUGGUGGAACUGGAUCUGGUAUGGGAACCCUUCUGAUCAGCAAGAUCCGUGAGGAGUACCCUGACCGGAUCAUGAACACCUUCAGUGUGGUGCCUUCCCCCAAGGUGUCAGACACAGUGGUGGAGCCUUACAACGCCACCCUGUCAGUCCAUCAGCUGGUAGAGAACACAGAUGAAACAUACUGCAUUGACAACGAGGCUCUGUACGACAUUUGCUUCCGCACUCUGAAACUGACCACACCCACCUACGGUGACCURAACCAUCUGGUCUCUGCCACCAUGAGCGGUGUCACCACCUGUCUGCGAUUCCCUGGCCAGCUCAACGCAGAUCUCCGUAAACUGGCCGUCAACAUGGUGCCUUUCCCCCGUCUGCACUUCUUCAUGCCCGGCUUUGCCCCACUGACGAGCAGGGGCAGCCAACAGUACCGUGCUCUGACCGUCCCCGAGCUCACCCAGCAGGUGUUCGACGCCAAGAACAUGAUGGCCGCCUGCGACCCGCGUCACGGCCGCUACCUGACAGUCGCCGCCGUGUUCCGAGGCCGCAUGUCCAUGAAGGAGGUGGACGAGCAGAUGCUCAACGUGCAGAACAAGAACAGCAGUUACUUCGUCGAGUGGAUCCCCAACAAUGUGAAGACCGCCGUCUGUGACAUUCCACCUCGCGGCCUUAAGAUGGCUGUCACUUUCAUCGGCAACAGCACAGCCAUUCAGGAGCUGUUUAAACGCAUCUCUGAGCAGUUCACAGCCAUGUUCCGGCGCAAGGCCUUCCUGCACUGGUACACGGGCGAAGGUAUGGAUGAGAUGGAGUUCACCGAGGCAGAGAGCAACAUGAACGACCUGGUGUCCGAGUACCAGCAGUACCAGGACGCCACCGCUGAGGAGGAAGGCGAAUUUGAGGAGGAGGCCGAAGAGGAUGCUUGAAGAGAAAGAUGCGAAGAUGAAGAAAACAAUGCCAAAAUCAAACUAUCAAAGGAACAAACCACAAAUAACCAAGAAACCGACAUAGUGUCCAGAGCAUUACUAGGAUCAGGCCUUAGCUUACAGUAGUUACCUGUUGUCAUUCAGUACAAAUAAACUUGUCAAAUGGAAA